AUGGGGGCACCUCUCAGCAAAGAUGGGUACGAGGAGGUCCAGAGGUGGGAUGACGACGGAGAGGGGCUCUUCGAUGCGGGUGACGUCAAGGCCGUCUCGGGCACGGGCGCCAUGUCUCCCGCGGCGCGCGAAAACGCGGCGACGGAGCUCGGUGGCUUCGUGGGCGAGGCGAGGAACCAGGCAGGCCUUGCGCUCCCCGUUAGCUUGUCCAUGGUGUGCAACCGCGUGAUGAGUCUCACCUCUGUCGCGUUCGUGGGGCGUCUCGGUCCAGUUCCUCUGGCGGCAGCAGCGCUCGCGACCACCCUUGGCAACGUGACCGGAAACUCAAUCAUGGUUGGCUUGGCGAGUGCUGUGUCGACGUUGGGGGGGCAGGCGUUCGGCGCGGGUUCGUAUCCGACACUGGGUUUCGUGCUGCAGAGGGCAAUAAUAAUACUGACCUUAGCCGCCGUGCCCAUAUCCCUGGCAUGGUGGUGCUCUGAGGGGAUCCUUAGGAUCCUCGGGCAGGAUCACGAUUUGGCAAAGGCGAGCGCGUCGUACAUCCGAGCGUUGAUUCCCGGACUGUUCUUCUACGCGUGGAACGUGUGUCUGACGGCGUACCUCCAGUCGCAACGCAUAACCAGACCCGCGGCGCUGGCAGGGGUGGUGGCGGCGGUGAUGCACUUCCCCGCGAACGUCGUGUUCAUCCACACGCUCGGGUUGGGCUACGUGGGAGCGGGUUUAGCCACGUCUUGGAGCAACGGCGUAGUGCUGUGCCUGAACGUGCUGUACGCGUCGCGGUUCAAGAAGGAUGAGCCCGGGCGGGAGACGUGGCCGGGGUUCAGCGUCAGGGCGGCAACGACGGAGUGGAGGCCGUUCCUCAGGCUCGCUCUGCCGGGAAUCUUGAUGAUGAGCGAAUGGUGGGCCAGCGAGGCGAAUAUACUCCUCGCGGGUUUGCUCCCAGACCCGGAGUACAACGUGGCGGCUGUUUCCAUUUUCCAGGUGACAAACGCCCUGGCGUUCAUGGUGCCCGUGGGGUUCUCAGUCGCCGUGAGCACCAGGUGCGCCAACGAGCUCGGCGCGAGGAGGCCGGCGCACGCGAGGUUUGCAUCCAGGGUGGCGUUUUCGCUCAUACUGGCCGUGGAAUUUAUCGUCUCCGCGCUGCUCCUGGCGGUUAAGAAGCACUGGGGCAGGCUGUACACCAACGACGAGAGGAUCGUGCGAUUGGUGAGCGCGCUAUUGGUGCCAUUGGCUGUGUACACAUUUUUCGACGGCAUGUUGUGCGUCGCCACGGGUGUCAUCAAGGCGUGCGGCCGGCAAUGGAUUGCUGGGCCAGUCGUUUUUUUCAGCUAUUACGUGGUGGGCAUCCCGCUGGCGUGCUGGCUCUCGUUCGGCAGCCCGGACAUAGGUGCGAUGGGUCUUGUCGUUGGAGGUACCGUGGGCACGAUCAUACAUUCCGUGAUCAUCCUGGUCCUCGUGCAUAACACGGACUGGAUCGGCGAAGUGACGAGGGCGCUUGAACGGGUGGAGGCAAACAGCUUUGGGAGGAAAGACGCAGGCGGCGCCGACACCGACGCCGAGGCUCUGCUGCCAGACGUGUGCGCCGAGGUGGAGUUGGAGGACAUGAAGAAAAAGUCGGCGGACAACUAG